AUGGGAAUUGAGAGCGGUGCUUUGCAAGAGCGCCUCGAGAGAUGGGCCCAACGACUGAAGAAUCUCACAAUCUCACCGCUCACGCGAGACUAUCCCGAAUCCACGUCGGCAGGGUCGUCCAAGCGAGCAAUUGAGGCAUUCGAGUCGUUGAAGCUCUCACCAAAUGAACAGGCAGCUGUGAAGAAGCUGUGUACGUCCAGGGAGUCGACGUUCCUCGUCUUUCUCACUGCUCUCGUUGUCAUAGUCAGCAGGUUGACCGGGGAUGAGGAUAUUGCCCUGGGAACAAGCUCCGAGAGCGAUGGACGGCCGUUUGUAUUACGGAUACCCAUCAACCACAGCGAAACCUUCGCCCAAUUGCUCGACAGGGUUACCAAUAUAUACGACGAGAGUGCUGCAGACAUAGUUCCACUCAGAAGUCUGCGAGCUUAUAUCCAAAACACCUCCAAGCUCGAGCAGGAGCCAGUGCUCUUCCGCUUUGCCGCCUACGAUGCGCCUGCUGCGUCCCAGGAUUACCCAGCAAACACCUUCGAGACGACUGAUCUGCUCUUGAACAUUGCAUCUUCUGACUUUGAAGUCGGUGGCUACUACAACCAGCGUCUCUUUUCCAGCGCUAGGAUAGCCACAAUUUUGGCACAGAUCGUUCGCGUAGUAUACAAUGCAUCAGCUAACCCUGAAGAGACUAUUGGAAGGAUUGAAUUUCUCACUGAGUCGCAGAAGGCUCUCUUACCAGACCCCACGGUUGACCUGCACUGGUCUGACUUCCGUGGAGCAAUCCACGAUAUCUUUUCCCGCAAUGCGGAGGCUCAUCCGGAGAAGCUUUGCGUAAUCGAGACCAAGUCGCGUUAUAACCGACAUCGACAGUUCACUUACCGACAGAUUCAUGAAGCUUCGAACAUCCUCGGACAUCAUCUGGUUCAAUCUGGUGUAGAAAGGGGCGAUGUUGUCAUGGUAUAUGCCCAUCGAGGCGUUGACCUUGUCAUUGCCGUCAUGGGUAUCCUGAAGGCUGGCGGCACCUUCUCUGUCAUCGAUCCCGCAUAUCCUCCCGAAAGGCAGAUCAUUUAUCUUGAUGUUGCACGACCUCGAGCUUUGAUAAACAUCGAGAAGGCUACCCUAGACUCCGGCGAGCUGGCUAACUCUGUUCGUGCCUUUGUCGAUCAAAACUUGGAGCUCAAGACGGAAGUUCCGGCUCUGGUCCUGAACGAUGAUGGCACUCUUGAAGGAGGCUUGAUCAAGGGUGUUCCAGUUUUGGAAAAGCAGAUCCCUCUCAAGUCAACGCCAGUUGGUGUUGUUGUUGGACCCGACUCCGCACCUACUCUCUCCUUUACCUCUGGGUCUGAGGGCCGUCCAAAGGGUGUCAAGGGGAGACAUUUCUCUCUAGCUUACUACUUCCCAUGGAUGGCGAAGACUUUCAAGCUCACCCCUGAUGACCGUUUCACCCUUCUCAGUGGUAUUGCUCACGACCCUGUACAGCGUGAUAUAUUCACCCCUCUGUUCCUUGGUGCCCAGCUACUAGUUCCUUCAAGAGAAGACAUUCAGAAUGAGCGGCUGGCUGAAUGGAUGCGUGAAUACAAGGCAACGGUUACUCAUCUAACCCCUGCUAUGGGUCAGAUCCUUGUGGGUGGAGCCACAGCUCAAUUUCCAUCGCUUCAUCAUGCAUUCUUUGUCGGCGACAUUUUGAUUAAACGCGAUUGUCGAUCCCUUCAGAGUCUGGCGCCAAAUGUCAACAUUGUGAACAUGUACGGUACCACUGAGACCCAGCGUGCUGUUAGCUACUUUGAAAUUCCUUCCUCGACAGAACAGGUGGGAUAUCUUGAUACCGUGAAGGACGUCAUUCCUGCUGGAAAAGGAAUGGUAGACGUCCAGUUGCUUGUCGUUAACCGAUUUGAUCGAACCAAGCUUUGUGCCAUUGGAGAAGUUGGAGAAAUAUAUGUGCGUGCCGGUGGUCUUGCCGAAGGCUAUCUAGGUUCUCCAGAAUUGAAUGAAAAGAAGUUCAUUCCAAACUGGUUUGUUGACCCUCAAGUUUGGAAAGAUAAGGAGAAGGAGCGAGCAUCCUCCUCCACUGAGCCAUGGAGAGAAUUUUACGUCGGCCCACGAGAUCGUAUGUACCGCAGCGGUGAUCUGGGCAGGUACACUCCAACGGGCGAUGUGGAAUGCUCAGGAAGAGCCGAUGAUCAGGUUAAAAUCCGAGGCUUUAGAAUCGAGCUUGGAGAAAUUGACACGCAUUUAUCUCGCCAUCCUCUUGUUCGAGAAAAUGUUACUCUAGUCAGACGUGAUAAGUUCGAAGAGCCAACACUUGUCAGUUAUAUUGUUCCUCAAAUGGGAAAAUGGUCUUCCUGGCUAGAGCAGAAGGGAUUGAAAGACAACACAUCGGCCGAGGGAAUGGUUGGAAUGUUGACCCGGUUCCGACCCCUUCGUGAUGAUGCGAGGGAAUACCUUCGUGGGAAACUUGCAUCAUAUGCAGUUCCGACCGUCAUAAUUCCACUACGAAGAAUGCCAUUGAAUCCGAAUGGUAAAAUAGACAAGCCCGCCCUCCCCUUCCCUGACACUGCUGAACUCAGCGCUGCCGCCCCGCGUCGCCGAUCUUCAGUCCUGCAGGAACUUUCGGAGACCGAGCAAGAGGCAGCAAAGGUCUGGGCAAACCUACUUCCAAACACUACUGCCAGAAUGAUCGGGCCAAAUGACUCCUUCUUUGACCUAGGCGGACACAGUAUUCUUGCGCAGCAGAUGUUCUUUGAGCUAAGGAAAAAAUGGAGAAGCGUCGACAUCAGCAUGAGUGCUAUCUUCCGAAACCCGACACUCAGGGGGUUCUGCAAUGAAAUCUCGCGUAUUCAAGAUAGCCACUCCUUGACUGGCGAUGGUCAAAACCAGAGCGCAGAAGGAGCGCAAGUAGAGAAGCCAGCCAACGACGAGUAUUCAAAAGAUGCAAAGGAAUUGGUUUCCAAGCUCCCUAACGAGUUCGCUGCUUCGGCCGAGUCUGCUUUGAAGGAAGGUUCAACGGUAUUUUUAACCGGCGCAACUGGUUUCCUUGGAGCAUAUAUUCUUCGUGAUCUCCUUUCAAGGUCAAACCCGUCUCUCAAAGUUGUUUGUCUUGUCCGUGCCAAAAGCCCCCAACUGGCCCUUGAGCGAAUCCAGUCAACCUGCAAGGCAUAUGGUUUCUGGUCGGACUCAUGGUUUAAACAGCUGGAGUGCGUUCAGGGAAACUUAGGUGAUGAGAACUUAGGCCUUUCUGCAGAUCUUUUCAAUGAUCUUGCAAACCGUGUUGAUGUGGUUAUUCAUAACGGUGCACUUGUUCACUGGGUUUACCCCUAUUCCAAUCUCAGAGGUCCAAAUGUCUUAGGCACUAUCGACACGCUGCGUCUAUGUGCCUCUGGCAAGGCAAAACAAUAUGCGUUUAUCAGCUCUACUAGUGUACUGGAUACCGACUACUACGUGCAAGAAUCUGAGAGGAUCGUUGCUGAAGGUGGGCUGGGUAUCAAUGAGUCUGAUGACCUUGCUGGAAGCCGAGAGGGCCUCGGCACUGGAUACGGACAAAGCAAAUGGGCUGGAGAAUUCCUUGUUAGGGAGGCCGGUAAGAGAGGUUUAAGAGGGGCGAUUGUUCGUCCUGGCUAUGUAACUGGAGACUCCACGACAGGAAAUACAAACACCGAUGAUUUCUUGAUUCGAAUGAUCAAGGGAUGCAUUCAGCUUUCGUCAAGGCCGAAUAUUCACAAUACCAUUAACAUGGUUCCUGUGGAUCACGUAGCGCGGGUUGUUGUUGCAUCGGCCUUCCAUCCUCCAAAGCCGGAGCUCUCUGUGACACAUGUAACUAGUCAUCCCCGCCUCCGAUUCAACCAAUUCCUCGGCACGCUACAAACGUACGGCUACGACGUUCCGCAGGUUGAUUACGUGCCAUGGUCUAGCUCGCUGGAACAAUAUGUGAACGAUGCGCAAAAUUCCGUUUCUCAGCAUGCAUUGAUGCCACUAUAUCACUUUGUCACUGCGGAUCUGCCUUCAAAUACUAGGGCUCCUGAGCUCGACGACACCAAUGCCUCAACAUCACUCAAAACAGAUGCCAAAUGGUCUGGAGUUGAUGUAUCCGCCGGCAGUGGUGUGACUGAGGAACUAAUGGGUCUCUAUCUUGCCUACCUCGUCGCAAUUGGAUUCCUUUCGUCACCAACUGCGACUGGCGCCAAGUCCCUUCCAACCGUUAAUCUUUCUGACGCACAAAAGGCCGCUCUUGCUGGCGUGGGUGGUCGCGGUGGUACUUCUUAA